GCGUUGUGUAAAGCUAGUUAGCUAGCAGCAUAACAUAUCCAUUUUAAGCUACUUUUUACCACUGGUGAUGUUUUUCAACCUUUUGCUAUUCAAUCUGGGAUUCGCAAUCGUAAACAAAUAAGCUACACAUUCCAGAAGUGACGAAGAGACUCCAUUUUCGUACGCGGCUGCCCGGACCAGCCUGCAAGACGGCAGAGAGCUAGCUGCUUGUGCUCUAGGCUAACUUUCGCUGCCAGAGCAAGCAGGCAUCUUGUAAUAAAGUAUCGAUCUGACGAUACUUUAGCCGACUACAAAAGCCUCCCAGCAUGCUGAUGGUGGGAGGCAAUGGACGGAUGCACUAGAAUGAGUGUGAAGGAGCUGUGUGAUACCGAUGACCUGGCCAACGGUUUGGUGCUGGACCCUUUGCUGGGCUUCAGCACCCAUAAGAUGAACAUCAGUCCCCCACCAGCGAUCCGGCGAUGGGGUAACCUCAAAGAGACCCUGCUGCGCUUUCAACGUACGCAUGACUUCAAUGCUACAUUCGAGGCGCUGACAGUGGGCGAACAAGCUGGUGACUACUUUAAUGCUUUAGGGAGCCAUCGACUGGAGCUGCUGAGACAACAUGUGUAUCGCUACCUUGAUGCCUUCCUAUUGGAUAGUGGAGUCAAAAUAGAGUCCUGUGACAGAUACUCCUCAGAGAAAAAUGGAGCAAAGAUUACCUCAACGAGGCAAUGGUUUCCAGGAGAGCGUGUGGAGGUCCUGCUGGGCUGCAUAGCAGAACUGAGCCCCUCUGACGGCGCUGUGCUGAGGGCAGGGGUCAAUGAUUUCAGUGUGAUGUAUUCAACACGCAAACGCUGCACUCAGCUCUGGCUUGGGCCUGCCGCUUUCAUUAACCAUGGUGAGUUUGAUUGCAUCCAUGAUUCAUAUUUUCCGAGCACAGACAUAUUUGACCAAUUCACAAUGUGAAUCACAAAAGAUUUUCUUAAAAUUGAGAAAAGUCUCAAUCAUAUCCAAGGAGGAAAAAGGUUGUAAUGGUAUAUCAAUGCUCAAAAACACAAGAUUG